CAUUCCAGCUCCAUCCCAUUCCAUCCAACAUUCCAGCUCCAUCCCAUUCCAUCCAACAUUCCAGCUCCAUCCCAUUCCAUCCAACAUUCCAGCUCCAUCCCAUUCCAUCCAACAUUCCAGCUCCAUCCCAUUUCAUCCAACAUUCCAGCUCCAUCCCAUUCCAUCCAACAUUCCAGCUCCAUCCCAUUCCAUCCAACAUUUCAUCCAACAUUCCAACACCAUUCCAUUCCAUCCAACAUUCCAACUCCAUUCCAUUCCAUCCAACAUUCCAGCUCCAUUCCAUUCCAUCCAACAUUCCAGCUCCAUCCCAUUUCAUCCAACAUUCCAGCUCCAUCCCAUUCCAUCAAACAUUCCAACUUUAUCUCAUUCCAUCCAACAUUCUGUCCAACUCCAAUCCCAUUCCAUCCAACACUCCGUCCAACUCCCAUUUUAUUCCAUCUAACAUUCCAUCUAACAUUCCAACUCUAUUCCAUUCCAUCCAAAUCUAUCCCAUUCCAUCCAACAUUCCAGCUCCAUCCCAUUCCAUCCAACAUUCCAGCUCCAUCCCAUUCCAUCCAACAUUCUAUCUAACUCCCACUCCAUUCCAUCCAACAUUCCAACUCCAUCCCAUUCCAUCCAGCAUUCUAUCCAACUCCCAUCCCAUUCUAUCCAGCACUCCGUCCAACUCCCAUUUCAUUCCAUCUAAUAUUCCAUCUAACAUUCCAUUCAACAUUCCAUCCCAUUCCAUCCAAAUCUAUCCCAUUCCAUCCAACAUUCCAGCUCCACCAGUAACAACGGGUGGACUGUUUCCAAAGUUUUUCUGA